AUGGCUCCUCCCAGGGCCAGAAAUCCUCUGGCCUUUACGCCGUGGCCGGUAACCAUCAUCACCACUGCGGUGUUUCUCGCCCUGAUCAUCCCUAUCCUUGUCAUCCACCUGAACGUCCCCGCCGCACCUCGGACCAGCCCUGAAGGAUUGAACCUGACCGAGGCAUGGCAGGACCUUCAGUCACUCACCAGAGGCUAUCACCCGUACAACUCGCAUGAAAAUGAUCAUGUUCGCGCGUGGCUCCUCGAGCGCAUCGACGCGAUCCAGCGAUCCGCCCCACCCGCCGAAGCUUACCAGCCGAACGAGGAAAAGCCCGAGGUCUUCGUUUUCGAUGAUCUCACAUCGAACCUGACAUUCUUCGACCAACGGAGUGGCGUGUACUUUGAGGGUACCAAUAUCCUGGUCUACAUCCGCGGUUGGGAAGAUACGAAGGAGAAUUGGUGGGAGACUCCUGGGAAGUCGCCCACCGGUAAGGGCGGAGUGCUGGUCAACGCGCACUACGACAGCGUGUCGACUGGAUUUGGAGCUACGGACGAUGGUGUCGGUGUCGUGACAUGUCUGCAGCUUGUCGAAUACUUCCUCUCGCCGGGCCAUGCGCCGCGCCGCGGCUUGGUGGUGUUGUUCAACAACGGCGAGGAGGACUACCUGAAUGGUGCCCGUGCGUACAGCCAGCACCCGAUGGCCAAGUUCGCCCAUACAUUCCUCAACCUGGAAGGCGCCGGUGCUGGCGGUCGGGCCACUCUGUUCCGCAGUACCGAUACAGAGGUCACCCAGGCGUAUGCGAAAUCCAAGCACCCCUUUGGAUCUAUCGUCAGCGCAAAUGGGUUUGAACUUGUCGGUAGUCAGACAGACUAUAUCGUCUUUGACGGUGAGAUGGGGCUCCGGGGACUAGAUGUUGCCUUUUACGAGCCGCGCGCUCGGUAUCACACCGAUCAGGAUGAUGCCCGACACACCAGCAUGGAUUCUCUAUGGCAUAUGCUCUCUGCAGCUGUUACGACCACCGAGGAUCUGGUCUCUGACGAUACUGACCGGUUCGAUGGCCGUGCUCGAGAUGAUGGCAAUGUACCCAAUGGUCAAGGUACAAAGGCUGUCUGGUUCGAUCUUUUCGGCAGCGCAUUCGCUGUCUUCCAGUUGCAUACUCUUUUCGCGCUAUCUGUCACCUUGCUGAUUGUGGCGCCGUUGACUCUGCUGGUAACCAGCAUUGCCCUGUCGCAGGCAGAUAAGAUGUAUUUGUUCCGCUCCUCGGUGCAUUUGGAGACGAGCGAUGAGAAGGUCCCGCUUCAGGGUCUUCGGGGAUUCUUCCGGUUCCCGUUUUUGAUUGUGAUUCCUACCGCUGUUAUUGUCGGGUUUGCUUAUAUGCUGGCAAAGGUCAAUCCGUACAUUGUUCACAGCAGUUCCUAUGCCGUGUGGAGCAUGAUGAUCUCCGCAUGGAUCUUCUUAUCUUGGUUUGUGUCUUGCGUCGCUGAUUUUGCGCGCCCAUCCGCUUUCCACAGGGUGUAUACUUACACGUGGAUGUUUGUUAUCUCCUGGGCGGUGUUGGUCCUCGCCACUGUCCUGGAGAAUGAGCAUCAAAUGGGUGGUGGCUAUUUCACACUGUUUUACUUUGCGGGUAUCUUCCUGGCCACAUGGAUUUCCUACCUUGAACUCUUCUCCCUUCCAAGAAAGUCCGAGUAUGUCGGUCAAUUGGCUCAAGACUCGCGACAGCCCAGCAGCUACGGCAGCCGACUUGGUACGGGCGAUGACAACGAAAACGACGAAGCAGCCGAAGAGGAGCCAACCGAGUCGACAUCGCUGCUGCGUGGUCAACGUACGACCUUCGCAAACUACGUCAACGUUCCUGGUGACUACUCAACAGCUAUUGAUGAGGAGGAAGAGCAAGAUCCAAACGUGUAUGGAAAUGAGCAAGCAUGGAGUGCAUCGAUGCCCAGCUGGACCUGGGUAUUCCAGCUCCUUCUCACCGUUCCGAUUAAUAUCACCAUGCUGGCCCCUCUGGCUCUGAUCAUGACCAGCGCUCUUUACCAAACGGGCCAGGACGGCGAUCCCACUCUGGUCGUGUACCUGCUCAUGGCGCUUUUCAUCACACUGAUCCUCAUGCCGAUCUUGCCCUACAUCCACCGUUUCACCUACCACAUCCCAAUCUUCCUGUUCUUGGUCCUCAUUGGCACUCUCAUUUACAACUUGGUUGCCUUUCCCUUCUCUGACUCCAACCGCGUGAAGCUCUAUUUCUCGCAGCAGGUCGACCUGGACAGGGGUAACUCUACCGCUUAUCUCGCCGGUGUCAGCCCCUUCGUUGAAGACGUUGUUCGUGGUCUACCCAAUGCAGAGGGCAACACAGAGUGCAAGACCGUUGUCAGACACGGCAAGCUCUUGCAGUGUUCCUGGCCUGGAGCCGAACCACACGUUGUCCAUAGCAAAAACGCCUCCACUGGUCCAUCGGUAGAUUGGGUCUCGUAUAGCAUCUCUCAUCUCGAGAGCAGCACUCGCUCGGUCCGCUUCGAAGUCUCAGGUCUGAAUACCCGCGCUUGUCGUAUCACCCUGGAAAGUCACCCCAUCAAAACAUUCAGUGUUGUCGGAUCCUCUGCGCCCGAUAAGCGGUUUAUCAAGCCAUCUUCGGAUGGAAUGAAAGAGAUCCGCCUCUGGAGUCGUACGUGGGAUGGCUCGUGGACGGUGGACGUCGAAUUCAAUGAACAUGGCUCUAUCAAGGGUCGUGUCUCGUGUCUGUGGAGCGAUGACAAUAGCCCUGAUCUCAUUCCGGCCCUAACUGAAGCCAGGCAAUACAUUCCUGCUUGGGUCGCCCUAACCAAAUUGGCAGACGGCUUGGUUGAGGGGUACCGGGAGUUUGAACUUGUGCAGGAUGGAUCUGGUGCUUGGGAGCAGAAGACCAUCCAGUGA